AUGGGCGGUACACUGUCAUCAGUCAGUGCACCGCCAAGGAAAAAGACAGGGAUACUUUACCGUCCCCGGUCGAAAACAGCAGAGAAGGAAGGUGAGAAAGUCAAGAAAAAAGUCAAGAAAUCACCAACACAAAUGAGGGAAUAUGUGACGACGGAUAUGGCGAUGGACACCCUGCGCAGCCGACUCAUCCCUUUUUCGGACACGAUUGUACUUCUCAGGAAUUUUCACUUUACGGAGCGAGAUGUCAAGAGGAUUUUAGUGAUACAGCACGGAAUGGCCACAUCACAGCGGGCAUGGUGCCAUGCUGAGCGUCUGAAAUCUCUUUUUGAGUUUUUCUUUGGGAGAAAAGCGACAAAAGUGUUGUGCAAUGUCCUGCCCGACGACGCAAAUCAGAUAUCCGGACCAACAUUGUCGAUAGGAAAGCGUGAAAUAUUGCUAAAUGCUACGGUUUCAUCCAAAAAGGUUUCUUCAGUAAAGUCUCGCAACAAACCGAACGCCAUGUGGAAAGACACAGAGAAACAAACGUCCUCGUCGCCAGCCCAAAAGUCCUCCCCAAGGUAUACCAAAUACACGCAGCUCCCCCUUGAAGAUGGCACCACGGAAAUAUCUGUGAACGAGACUAAGAUUCCACUGAACUCAGACCGUCUGGAUGAGCCCGUGAUCUACAUCAAUGAGGAUCUGCUGCAGCCCAUACCCUUCGCGAAGCCCAUCCGCAGACGACACAAACGGCCGAGUUCCGAAUACGCGGCCAUGUUUUUUGGGAUUACAACGUUUCUGCUGCUGUUUUUUAUCAUCCUCAUGACCUUUGAGUUUUCCGAAUGGAAUAGCACUUCCCCUUGUUUCGGAGGCGAGGAUAUUGAUGCGGAAAGAGUCCUGCCUGCAGACCAUGGCGUCUUCACCGAGUUGAACCUUGAUGAGAUCCGGGCGGUAGAAUACUACAUGACAUCACAACAACAUCUUAAUAUCGUCUCAAGCGAAAGUGUCAAGAUGGACUCGACGAGGAUUUCACUCAUUGAACUCUGGCUCCCAAACAAAAAGGAAGCUGUAAACUUCCUCGAUAGAAACGGAAGUAGACCCGAACGCAACGCCCGAGUUGUAUUAAUCCGUGGUGACGUAGCGAUACCAGUGACGGAGGAAUACAUCGUGGGCUUCCUGCCAAAACCCACGUUUCAUCGUCUGCUUUCAACUGGGGACGACAGACGGAAGAAUCCUGUGAUGUUCCACAACCGACCAGCUGACAUGGCGGAAUAUACUGCACUCAGAGAAAUAGUGCAAGACAUCGCAGUGAAGGCUGAUGUUAUCCUGAAGGAAUCCUACUCCAUGUCCGCUAUCAGUUGUGAUAGGAAAACAAUUGCUUGCGCUCGCUACGAUAACGCUGCUCCCGGUUCAGUCAAACAAGGCCAACGCCAGACCUGGUUCCGAUUCAUGCGCGAUGAGGAAGGUUUCUACCUCUAUCCGACCGCCUUCCAAGUUCUUGUUGACUUUAAAUCUAAGAACGAAAGAGAGUGGAAAGUCAUCAAGGUUUAUUACGAAGGACAGUAUUUUGAUAGUUUAGAUGAACUUUUACUCGGUUACAAUACGAACGCUAUCAAGAAAACUAAACUCCCGUAUAAUCCGGAAAAGAUCGAAAGCACGCUACGCCACCGCGGUAACCCCAGACCAAGCAAGGCUCAAAUGGGUCCAAGACAGUUCUACCCACAGGGAAAACGGUUCAACGUCAAUGGUAACUCCAUUUCCUACUUAGGAUGGGAGUUUCAAUACUCUUUCUUCACAUCUCUGGGACUGCAGCUGUACAAUAUCGAAUUCCAAGGGGAGAGGAUCGCUUACGAAAUCGGGCCACAGGAGGUCGCAGUUCUCUACUCCGGAAUCACUCCACUCAGCUACACCACGAACUUUUUCGAUUCUCAAUACCUCCUCGGCGCCUUCAGUUUUGAGAUGGUACCAGGCGUCGACUGUCCAGAGCACGCUUCUUACAUGGACGCUGUCGUUUACAAAAAUGGUCGCCCAGUCAAACUUCGCAAAGCCAUUUGCGUCUUUGAGCACAACACCGGCAUGCCUCUGCGACGCCAUUACGAAAUGGACGCCUUUAACUAUGCCCGGCCCAGUUCUCCGCACGGGAAGGACUCAAAUCCUGACGCCUCCUAUCUUUACUACGGUGGCACUGUUGACAAUGUUUUGAUAGUCCGAACAAUCGCAGCCAUCUUUAAUUACGAUUACAUCUUCGACUACAUCUUUCACAAUAAUGGAGUCAUGGAAACCAAAGUCACGCCAACUGGUUACAUCCACGUCGCUCCGAAGAUUGCCGACCCAGCGCAGAAGGAAUAUGGAUUCAAUGUCUUUGGGAAUGCUGUCGGCAGCAUCCACAACCAUCUGGUCUCUUACAAAGUCGACUUAGACGUUCUUGGCGAGAAAAACAGGUUCGAAACGCUGGAUAUCGUCCCAGACAAGAUCAAACUCGACUGGACUGAAAGUCCAAUGGAACUCCACCAACGAAAGUUCAAACGUAACUUGAGAAAAACGGAGAAGGACGCCGCUUUGAAGUACGACUUUAACGCACCGAAAUACUACUUGAUGUACAACAAGAACGAAACGAAUGCUUAUGGACACGAGAGAGCCUACAAGCUCAAGCUGAACGGUAUCUCAAAGAUGAUGCUUCCCGAGAACGUAGGGAUCGAGUCCGGUGUCUCGUGGGCGAGGUACCAGCUCGCUGUUACCCAGAGGAAGGACAACGAACGCUCCAGCUCGUCCAUAUACAAUGGAAUCGAUCCGUACGAGGCCAUCAGCAACUUCCAGGGCUACAUUGACGACGACGAAAGCAUUGUUGAUAAGGACCUAGUUGCCUGGGUGACGCUUGGCACCAUGCAUAUUCCCAGUACCGCCGACAUUCCGAAUACUCCGACAACCAACGGCCAUCUCAGUAUCACCAUCUCCCCGCACAACUACUUUACGGACAGCCCCUCAAUGGCCGUAAGGGAUUCCGUCUUCAUCGAACCUGGAAAAGUGGAUCGACACGGAAUCAAAGACUUCGUCAAAUGUGCACCGGACUACAAACCAUUUGAAUACGAUGGGAAUGAAAUCAAACUGUAGUUUGUCUUCAAAAAUGGGA